AGAUUAACUUUAUUAACUUGAUAUUGAUGCUUAGAGAGGAAGUUCACACUGUGAGCGAUUGCUGUUGACUACAUGCAACCACAGACAGAGCAGCUACUAGCAUGUUGUUGCCGGAUAACGUUUUUUGCAAGACAGGAAAUGAGCGAAGCAGAGAGAUAGAACCAGAGAGGACUUCUCUGCCUGCACUGGCACAAACAACGCUCUCCAUAGGAGCCUGUGAAUCAGACCAAACAGGAGUUAAUGGAACCUUGAACUGAGAAGGAUUCCAGCGAGCUUCACAUCUGCAAUGGGGACCACCGAGGAGAAAGGUUCAGAGCCUGCAGCUUUGCCACAAUCAAAGGAUCAAGGGUUGAUAGAGAAGGAGCCUGCAGUUGAGACGCCGCAGACAUCUGAAACCUCUGACCCCCUCAACACGUACAAGUGGCACACCAAGGGGGCAGGGAGCGACCUCAAAGAAGAAGGAGAUGGAGACGCCGCUUCCUCCACACCUGCAACGGAGAAAUACCAGAAGGCCACCAGCAACAAAUGGGCCAAGAUGCAAAACUGGCGCAAAGCCCUGAGCGAGGACACGGCUGCGGACAAAAGCUCCUCCGGGGGCAAAAGUGCAGAUGGAGCCAAGCCGGAGAAAGGGGCAGCAAGGAAGAACCCCUUCAGACGAGCCGUGUCUGAGCCUGCGGGGUCACUUUUCGCAGCUCUGAGCAGCUCAACUCAGGCAGCUUCCUCCUCAUCAUCAUCUUCUUCUGCUGCUGCAGCUGCAGCUUCCUCUGAGGCCUCAUGCGCUGACCCCUCGCAGAAAGGAAGCGGAGGGGCGCUCUUCAAGAAGUACCUGUGGAACGUAACCCAGAAGCUGAAGAGGCCCAAGCUGCAGACUCGCAGCAGCACGCCGACAUUACUACCAGCAGAUCUGCAGGAGGUUGACCCAACAUCAGAGGCCUCCACUGAACUUCCCAGGCAACAAUGGGCGCCCCCCCAGGAGGUCCCCCUGUGGGACAUCUGCAACUGCAUCCUGGAGGAUGGACAGAUUCUCAUCUCUCAAGAGGACGAGCCGACGACAUGGAUCCGGAACCGAGUCAGCAGCUGCUUGUCCAACCCCAGCAUGCAGAACCUGGUGGACAUCGACUCAGAAUGCAGCCCCGACCAUGCGGGCCCCUCAGGCAGCAGUCGGCCAAAGAGCCAGGAUGGUGGAGUGAAGGGUAUGAUCAAACGGCGCCUGGAUAAGGUCAAAAGGCACAGCACCACCCAGCUGAUCCCACCAGGACUCAAAGGAAGCCGAUAUGGUUCUCGGGAGUCUGUUUCUAUCCCUGUGGGCGCAAUGGGAAGUUUGGAUCUGAGCUCCGACACCAGCAUGGUCAUCAGGCCCGUCCAUGGUUCCAUUUUAGGGGAGAAGUACUGCUUUGAGGUGAUCAGUUCAGAGAACACCCACUGCUUUGGCUGCUCCUCGGCGGCUGAGCGUGACCGCUGGAUUGAGGACCUAAGAAGGGCGGCUCAGCCCAACAAGGAUAACAUUGAGCGCACUGAGAACUCCCUGAGUUUGUGGGUAAACGAAGCCAAGGAUCUGCCCCCAAAGCAGCGUUACUACUGCGAGGUACACCUGGACGGGACCCUGUUCGCUCGCACCAGCAGUCGCACUGUCGGCAAGGCAGCUAAUCGAUCCAGCAUGCCGGGGGACGCCUCUGCCAAGUCCUCAGCAGGGCCAGGGGCUAGCGGAAGUGGGGCUGGAGGGUGUCAACUCUUCUGGGGGGAACUCUUCGAGCUUGACAACCUGCCCUCCAUCUCCCAAAUCAGCCUUCACCUUUUCCGAGAGGACGACCCAAAGAAAAAGCGACAUUCCAAGGAUGAGUCAAACCUGCACCCACUGGGUAGUGUGGCGAUAUCUAUUGCUGAUGUUCAGGGGAGGACCUACCAGGAGAAAUGGCACCCCAUUGUUCCAUACAAAGCUUCAGGUACAGCAACGACCAAAGAGCUGCUGGGGCCACAGGCCUCUCUGCGCAUCAAGGCCCGCUUCCAGAAUUUGAAAGUGCUGCCAAUGGAAAAGUACAAAGAGUUUGCAGAGUAUGUGACGGUGGAUUAUGUCGAAAUGUGCAAAAACUUGGAGCCACUUCUGAAUGUAAAGGAGAAGGAAGAGCUGGCAGGAGCUCUGGUUCAUGUACUCCAAAGUAUUGGCAAGGCCAAGGAAUUCCUUAUUGACCUGGGCAGCGCAGAGGUGGAACGACUUGGAGAGAAGGAAGCACUGAUCUUCAGAGAGAACACACUAGCAACUAAAGCCAUAGAUGAAUACAUGAAGCUGGUUGGCCAGAAGUACCUUAUAGACACACUAGGAGACUUCAUCACUCGACUUUACACCUCGGUGGAGAACUGUGAAGUCGACCCACGUAAAUGCCCUGCAGCCGACCUGUCAAACAACCAGAGACACCUGAGAUCAGCCUGUGAGGAGGUGAUGAAGAAGAUCAUUGAGAUCCACGGACCUUUUCCGGAAGAGUUAAACAGGAUCUUCUCCAGUUGGAUGGAGCUUUGUGAGGACAAGGGCAGGGGAGAGAUUGGCCAGCGCCUCAUCUCUGCUUCGCUCUUCCUUCGCUUCCUGUGUCCUGCGGUUCUGAGUCCUUCCCUUUUUGGUCUGAUACAACCCUAUCCAGAGCCACACACUCUACGCACCCUGACAUUAACUGCCAAAGUCAUCCAGAACCUGGCCAACUUCACAUUAUUUGGAGAGAAGGAAGAGUACAUGCUUUUCAUGAACGAAUUCUUGGAGCAGCAUUGGGAUGGAAUGAGGGCUUUUUUGCAAACGGUGUCCAAUCAAGACACAGAAAUCCAGAUGACAUCUUUCGACGGCUAUGUGGAUCUGCCCUUACGUCUGGCUGUGCUCCACGGCCUCCUAGUGGACAUCAUCCACACAAAAGACUUGGAAACAAUUAAAAAGCUGAAUCCUCUCCCGUCAAUUCUCAACCACAUCACAGACUCACUUGGUCCUGAGGCGACUCGGAUUGUCAUCAGCAGCCAUCCUGAACAGUCAAAACCAGAUUAUGUUCCUCCUAAAGACUUGGGCAAGUACAGCCCUCACCAGUCCUCCAUACAGAAGCUGCCUCUGGAUUCCGAAGGGCUUAAAGACAGGAUGACAGCCCAACAGAGAAAACCUGUCAAGAGAACUCAGAGUGCUCCACACAGACGUCCCAUGCACCAAAAACAGCCCCUGAAGAGGCAGAUAAGCUCUGAAACACUGCAGUCACCCCAGCAAGAGCCACCGGCAGAGGCCGACCAACCGCAAGAGGCCAACCAUCCGAGCAUCUCACCACCACAUCCUAGUGGAACUGUCAAGCGUCUGCCAGCACCGGUUCCCUGGAUUAUAGUCAAUCCCAACGGGGAGUCGAGGGAGAUGAAGGCAGAGAACGAGCAGUUAAAUUUACUGGAUAAGCAUGCUCAGGAGCUGUCGGAGCUGCGUCUGGGAAUCGAACAGGUGACAGAGCGGGAGCUGGACAUGGCGAAGCGCCUGGAGGACUUCAUCAUCCAGAGCCAGGACCAGACUGCAGUGUUGCAAGCUGAAGUCCAAGAGCUGAGGAACCUGCUGGCAGUAAAAGAAGAACAGCUGGCCAGCGCCACCUUCAGGUUGGGGGUGAUUGAGGAGGAAAGAGAAGAGGAUGAGAGGAAGCUAAGUGUUGCUGUUGCAGCAGCUGAGAGAAUGAAUGUGCUGGAGGAGCAGUUUGCAGGCCUGAUGAUGGACCUGCAGCAGCUGACAGAGGCCUACAAAAGCGGCCAGAAUAACACUCAGCCCCCAGAAAAACAACACAUCAACAGCAGCUAAAUCUGAUCAGAGAGAUGAGGCUCGUCAGCAUCCACUUGUUUGAUCUUUAAAUGGAAAACAACAAAGAAAUCCACCGAAUUCUGCUUUUACUUUCUGGUAUUUGUAUAUAAGAUGCUUUUCGGAAGCACAUUUACAGGCAGCUGUGACUUUCUGUUUCACGUAGGAGGAGAAUAUCUACUCUCCAGUUUUAGAAACCCAGUAUAUUUUAUGUAAAAAUACGUUGAGAAAAGUUCAAGCUUGUUUUUUAACUUGGUGAUAAAGAAAAAAAGUCAAAUAAAAUACCCAUUUAAGUUGAAAAUAAGGCUAAAGCAGGUGAAGAUAAAAAUAAGAUUUAGUUGUAAGCAUCACAGGAGAAUUAUGUUUCGUGUUUUAUUUUUGACCGACCAAAAUUUGAUUUUUUUUAAACCUGUAUGUGUCAUCUGUUGUCAAUAUUUCCCAUAAUGCACUUGAAACGUGCAAGGAUUCAAAACUGCAGGAACGACAUGCUACAUGCAGGAUUUGUCUCAUCUGUUUUGCUUUUGUACACCAGUUUCAAAUGUGGUUUACUUGGAAAACCUUUCAAAAUAAAAUAAAUAAAUAAAUAAAUUGUAUUUUGUCGUUUGCUGUGAACAAAAGAACCGGAAUGCAUUUUUUUUCAGGAAAUUUCAAACACACACUUCUAUAAAUGUGGAUUUCUUUACUUUUUAACGAGUUCUUGUAGUUUCUUUCAGAUGAUGGAGGACAUAAAUAAAAGGAUAUCAUGUUUAAAUUUCAUUUCUGAGUAUUUAGUUAUUUAAAUUGAUGUAAAUCAGGAGCAGAUGAAAACAUUCUGCUUGA